AUGGCACCCAGCAGAGGCCUCCACUCCCUGGAUCUCAUCCAUCGACCCUACCAGAGAUACCUCUGCUCACAAUGCCGCACGCGGUCCUUCGCAACAACACCCACCUCCCUCUCCGGUCAUAGCAGGUGGUCCAAGAUCAAGCAUGACAAGGCAAAAACAGAUUCCUCAAAGAACAAAGCACGCAGCAUCUUCAGUCAUGAGAUAGCAACAGCCUCGCGCCUCUUCGGCCCCGACCCCAACAUGAACCCUCGCCUCGCCGACAUCAUCACCAAGGCCAAGAGAGAGUCGUUCGCCAAAGCAAGCAUAGAGGCAGCCAUCGCAAGAGGUCAGGGGCGGAGCUUGAGCGGGCAUGCUUUAGAGAGCGUGACGGUUGAAGGGUUACUGCCGAACAAUGUCGCCGUCAUCGUGGAAUGCGAGACGGACGGAAAGCUCAGGACUUUGGCAGAGGUACGGCUGGUCAUCAAAGAAGCCGGAGGCUCUGAAGGCAAAACUGGAUAUCUGUUUACGAAGAGGGGGAGGGUUGUGUUUGAGGCGAAGGAGGGAGUCGGGAUGGAUGAUGUGUUAGAGCCUGCGUUGGAAGCUGGAGCACAAGAUGUUACGGAAGAUGAUGAUGGGAAAUUCGUGGUUUGGACGGAGCCUGGAGACACGAAGCAUGUGGGCGAAGCCAUGACGGAGGCUCUUAGUUUGCAAAUUGCCACGUCGGACAUUGUGUCGGUCCCAAACGAGGAUACGAAGGUUGCGGUACCCAGCGAAGAGGCUGCAGGCGAGCUUAGACACUUCAUUGAUCAGCUGCAAGAGAAGGAGGCGAGCGUGCAGAGCAUUGCAAUGAACGUUUCCCAGGGGAACCUUGAAGCCGAUGCCUGGAACGACUUGCGGAGCCGCUUAGGAGCGUCGUAA